AUGGCCCUCCGCUCCCUCUUCCGUCCCACGACCCUGCGUCACCUGAGCGCCAUGCGCUUUGCCAGCACGACGCCCCGCGUCAAGCUGCUCAUCAACGGCGAAUUCCGUGACAGCGAGACUUCCAACUGGAUCCCCGUGCACAACCCGGCCACCAACGAGGUCAUUGCCGAAGUGCCCGCCGCCACCCAGGCUGAGAUGCAAGAAGCCAGCGAUGCCGCCUCCGCUGCUUUUGCCACCUGGAAGGAUACUUCCAUUCUGACACGCCAAGCUUGCAUGUUCAAGCUGCAGCACCUGUUGCGUGCGAACCAGUCUCGCAUUGCCGCCGCCAUCACCAAGGAGCAGGGCAAGACCCUGGCCGACGCCGAGGGUGACGUCUUGCGUGGCAUCCAGGUCAUCGAACACGCCUGCUCCAUCCCCACCCUGAUGAUGGGUGAAACCGUUCCCGGCGUGGCCAAGGACUUGGAUACCUACAGCUACCGCAUUCCUCUCGGCGUCACGGGUGGCAUUUGCCCCUUCAACUUCCCGGCCAUGAUUCCUCUCUGGAUGAUGCUCUCCCUUGCUUGUGGCAACACCAUGGUCAUGAAGCCCAGCGAGCGCGUGCCAACUGCUACCAUGAUGAUCGCGGAACUUGCCAUGGAGGCCGGCUUCCCCAAGGGCGUCUUCAACGUCAUUCACGGUGCUCAUGACGCUGUCAACUUUGUCUGCGACGAUCCGGCCAUCCGUGCCAUCUCGUUCGUUGGUUCGGAUCAGGCUGGCAAGCACAUCUGGGACCGAGGCACCAGCAACGGCAAGCGUGUUCAGAGCAACAUGGGCGCCAAGAACCACGGUGUUAUUCUGCCCGAUGCCAACAAGACGGCCACGCUUAACGCCCUCGUCGGCGCCGCUUUUGGUGCUGCGGGUCAGCGAUGCAUGGCUCUCUCCACGGUGGUGCUGGUUGGUGAGGCUCAGUCUUGGGCUGAGGACCUGGUGGGUCUGGCCAAGCAGCUCACUGUCAACGCAGGCGACGUGGCCGGCACCGACAUUGGACCCAUGAUCUCGCCCCAGGCCAAGCAGCGCGCUUUUGAUCUUGUGGAAAGCGGCGUGCAGCAGGGUGCUCGCCUUCUUCUUGAUGGCCGUGACGUCCAAGUCGAGGGCUACCCCAACGGCAACUGGAUGGGCCCCACCAUCUUGACUGACGUUACGACGGACAUGGACUGCUAUCAACAGGAGAUUUUCGGCCCGGUCCUUGUCUGCCUUCAUGCGGACACCAUCGAUGAGGCCAUCAAGCUGGUCAACGCCAACCGCUGGGGCAACGGCACGGCCAUCUUCACCAACUCUGGUGCUGCGGCACGCAAGUACACCAUGGAGAUUGAGUCUGGCCAAGUCGGCGUCAAUGUCCCCAUUCCCGUGCCCCUUCCCUUCUUCUCUUUCACCGGUAACAAGGGCUCCUUCCUCGGCGAUUGCAACUUUUAUGGCAAGGCCGGCGUCAACUUCUACACUCAGCUCAAGACCGUCACCAGCCUCUGGCGCGACGCCGAUGCUGAUGUGCUCAAGGCUGCCACUGCCAUGCCCACCAUGAAGUAAACACCGCGUGCUUCUUUUUCGUGUUGAGCCGCAACAGCCACCGUUUCUGUGCCCGUCCAAGCCUCGUGAUCCGCCGCUACCUUUUGAUUCCAAAUUGAUUCAAAAUUU